GGCCUAUUUACGAUGUUGGUGGGCCUAUCGAUGUCCGAGAUUUGCUCUGCUUACCCUACAGCCGGUGGGUUGUAUUUCUGGAGUGCAAAGCUUUGUGGCAAUGACUGGGGUCCUUUUGCUUCUUGGCUCACUGGUUGGAGUGCAAACGAGCCAAACUACUCGUGAGCUAUUCCGGAUCGGAUUGUUAAAAGCUCGACUCGAAACCGAUUCUAAACGAGCCCAAGCCGAGCUCAAGUUUAAUAUUAAGCUCGUUUAUUAAACGAGUUCAAGCUCGAGCCUGUGUCACUAAGCUCGAUUAGAAUAUUAAAAUAUAUUGCAACAGUUAGGAUUGAAAAUAAUAUUUGAUAGAAUAUUAAAAUAUAUUGCAAGCCAUUAUUAAGAAAGGCAUGUAAUUAUAAGGAUCAAUUAUAUUUCACUAUGCAUAUUAUGUGUUGGAAAGAAUUUGUACAUACAAUAGUUUUUGCAUCGCAUAUAAUUUAAUCAAAUCAAUUAGGGAAUGAUAUACCAAAACUAAAUUCUUUGUUUAGUGCAUUGCAAAACCCAUUUUGUUAUAAAAGUUGGAAAAUGAAGAAUGGUGAUAAAUCCACCACUAGCAAAAUUGAAUGAAGAAUGAGAAUGCAUUAUAUACUCGAAUUAGUGUAUCAUCAAUGCAAUGAUUGGAACAUACUACAUUUGAAGAGAUGCAUUUCAUCAAUAUAAAUUGAUCAUAUUACUUUGAAUUUGGGAUGUUACAACUUCAAAUGACAAACAUAAUAACUAAAAUAUUGAAAUACAAAAAAAAAAAAAAUGAUGACAAAAAACCGUAGUAAUAUUUAUGUCAAUUUAGAUGUAUAAUCGUUUAACUUGAAAAGAUUCAAAAUAAUGGGACAGCAAAGCAUGUAGUUGCAUUAUUGUAACUUAUAAGAAUAUAUGCAAUAGAGAAAGAGAACAAAUAGAAAUUGUAAGUAAAGAUCAUUAUGGAGAUAAUCUGUGGUCGUAAUUAGUUGCCGAAUAAUUAUGUUUUGGAAUAAGAUUAAAGGUUAAACAGAGCAUCUUAGUGGAAGUCAUCGACAAAAUAACGACUUAAUGUACUAUUCAGAAGUGUCAAUAUCAAAUUCAACUUUUUUUUGAAUAAUAAAUUAAAUGUAACAUAUCCUUUUUUUUUCUUCCUUUUUACCAACUCCUUGUACCAAUUUGACUAUUACCUACCGAAUCUAUAUAUAACUAAAUAAAUAUUGACAACAUCACGUUUAAAAGAUAAUAUUAUAUAUUGUAGAUAGUCCAAUCCAAAUAUACGAUUACUUGUUGACGCCCAUAAACAUGUAUAACGUUAUGUUGAUUUUCUUACAAAUACGAUUCCUUUGUUUAAUGUUUUUACAUAAUAUCUUACGUGAUUGAUUAAGAAACAAAUACAAUUAUCCAAAUAUUAUGAAUUAAACCAAAUAUUAUCUUAAAUAGUGCCGCAUAAUUAUAAUAAAGUGGAUAUCUAUUUUGUUGAUAUAUAAUUGUUAACAGAAUAUUUAAAAAUCAUACGACAAGAAUAAAAAACGAAUUAUAUGCCCAUGUUAUCAUAAUUAAUUAAAUCAAAAGUAUAAUUGGAUUAAAAGAUCGUGUACAAUAAAGAAUGAUAGAUAAAUCUACUUUAAAGGAGGACAUGAACCGAUCAUUCAUCCCUGAGAAUUUAGUAGGGCCAAAAAGGUGUAAAUGCCUUCUAUCAUUCAAAAAAGAAUCAUGCAUAAUUUCCGUUCUUUGAUUUAUUUAUUUUCUAAGGAAAGAUGACAGAAUCAUUUAUUCAUAUUCAGACCUCAAACAUUUGAUUUUUCACAUCAACUUGGCCUGUGGUGACUGGUGUGGCUCCCCUUUCUCCUUCUCCUUCUCCUUGUUUGACCAAAACUCUUAACUUCCCCCAAUGAAACAUUAGAUUCCACACAUAUAAAAUUCAUACCUUAUAAUUAUAUUAUAUAUAUUAUAUAAUAAUAUAAUAUAAUACACAAAUUCAAAGAUUCAUGAAAUGAGAGUUUGACUUUCAUAAAUCAUACUCAACAACACCUUCCAAAAUCACAAAUUCCACUCAUCACACACAACAAAACACCACCGAUCAUUACUAAGAAACCCCAACCCAACAAAUAGUAGAAGUAGAAACAAAUUCAAUCCUCUCUGAAAUCUUCUUCUAUCUGGUGUAAUGACGGGUUCGCAGAAUGUUAUUUCAAUCCAAUCACAUGAAAACGGAAAACACCCACAAGAUUCAGGCCACUCUCGUUUAAACGAAUUGGGAUACAAACAAGAACUCAAGCGCGACCUCUCGGUGUUGUCAAAUUUUGCGUUUUCGUUUUCGAUUAUAUCGGUGCUAACAGGCAUAACGACACUUUACAAUAGUGGGCUGAAUUUUGGUGGACCUGUCGUGUUAGUUUAUGGAUGGCUAGUAGCUGGUGCCUUCACCAUGGCUGUUGGUUUAUCAAUGGCUGAGAUUUGUUCUUCUUACCCAACUUCCGGUGGUCUUUAUUAUUGGAGUGCCAAACUUGCUGGCCCUAGUUGGGCACCCUUUGCCUCGUGGAUCACUGGCUGGUAUAAUAUUGUAGGACAGUGGGCUGUGACAACAAGUGUAAAUUUUUCACUGGCUCAGUUGAUUGAAGUGAUCAUUCUUCUGAGCACGGGUGGGAAAAACGGAGGUGGCUAUGUAGCAUCUAAAUACAUAGUUCUUGCAAUACAUGGUGGCCUUCUUCUAGUACAUGCCAUCAUAAACAGUCUUCCAAUCACAUGGCUAUCCUUCUUUGGUCAACUCGCAGCUGUUUGGAACAUUCUAGGAGUCUUUUUUCUAAUGAUUUGCAUACCCGUAGUAGCAAAAGAAAGAGCAAGCGCCGAAUUCGUUUUUACACAUUUUAACACAGAUAACGAAGCAGGAAUCAGUAGCAAACCCUACAUUUUUCUCAUAGGGUUGCUUAUGAGCCAGUAUACAUUGACAGGGUACGAUGCCUCUGCUCAUAUGUCGGAGGAAACGAAGAGUGCGGAUAUAAAUGGUCCAAAAGGGAUUAUUAGUUCUAUUGGAAUAUCUAUAAUUGUUGGAUGGGGAUAUUUGCUUGGAAUAACAUUCACGGUUACUGAUAUUCCAAGCCUUUUAAGCCCAGAUAAUGAUGCGGGUGGUUACGCCAUUGCUGAGAUAUUUUAUCAAGCUUUCAAGGGUAGAUUCGGAAGUGGGACCGGUGGUAUCAUUUGUUUGCUUGUUGUUGCUGUCGCCAUUUUCUUCUGUGCCAUGAGCUCACUCACAAGCAAUUCAAGGAUGGUUUAUGCAUUUUCAAGAGAUGGAGCAAUGCCAUUUUCAUCAUUAUGGCAUAAAGUUAACGACCAUGAGGUCCCUAUAUAUGCGGUUUGGCUUUCGGCUUUCAUAUCAUUCUGCAUGGCCCUUACGUCUUUGGGGAGCAUAGUGGCAUUUCAAGCGAUGACAUCAAUAGCCGUGAUUGGGUUAUACAUUGCGUACGCUUUACCAAUAUUUUUUAGGGUGACAUUAGCCCGUAAAUCAUUUGUUCCAGGGCCUUUCCAUUUAGGGCGAUACGGUGUGAUUAUUGGUUGGAUAGCGGUUCUUUGGGUGGCCACCAUUUCAGUGCUGUUUUCUUUGCCUGUUGCAUACCCAAUUACCGAUCAGACCCUCAACUAUACGCCGGUUGCUGUUGGUGGUCUUUUUAUUAUUGUGGUCUCGUAUUGGAUUGUGAAUGCCCGAUAUUGGUUUAAAGGUCCUAUAACAAAUAUGGGUACCCUUGGAGAUGUCUGACGGGAGUUAUUAUUAUUAACUUUUUUUUUUGUUAUUGGUAUUUGUAUAUUGAUAUUUUGUAUUGUGUUGGAAAACUAUAUUCGUAUAGGUAUAGGCAAAUUCGAGAAUGAAAUUAGCUUUUUUUUUA